CUAAGGUAGCUAUCGUCUGGCCAAAAUAGCGGCCAAGUCGACCCCGUCUGAAAGUCUAUUUCCCAACUCCCAACCUCCAUCGACGUUCUCUUCCCGGAGAUAUCAUAUCUACUUCUGAUUAUUCCAAACCAUGAUCUAAUCAUACACUCAGAUCAGUCGACGUAGGUAAAUCUGAACUCUGACCCAUUAUUACUGUGAAGUGGCUGAUAAAUUUUUUGCAUAGAACUCAACAAUCAUGAGUUUCGCCUUUCGAGGGACUAGGGGAGAUAUUGAAACUGGUUUUCCUGGAUUUAUUCCUGAACGCCGUGCACGAAUCCAUGCAUCCCGGCCUGUUAAUACAAACUCCCUUGCCUUUCUUGUCACAGUUCUCUUGUUGUUCAUGAUAUUGAACUCGCACCAAAUGUCACCAAACUUUCUGCUUUGGCUGGUACUUGGUGUCUUUUUGAUGGCUACAAGCCUAAGAAUGUACGCAACCUGUCAGCAACUCCAAGCCCAGGCACAAGCAAAUGCCGUGGCAGCUAGUGGCCUCCUUGGUCAUACUGAGUUGCGAUUGCAGAUGCCACCUUCUAUAGCACUUGCAACACGAGGACGAUUGCAAGGGCUCAGACUACAGCUUGCACUUCUUGACAGGGAAUUUGAUGACUUAGAUUAUGAAACAUUAAGAGCACUGGAUACUGACAAUGCUCCAACAGCCAAUUCAAUGAGCGAGGAAGAUGUAAAUUCUCUUCCUAUUCACAAGUACAAGGUGGCCAACUCAAAAAGCAGUAGCUCAUCAGUGGAACAAGGUUCAUCUUCUGGCGCACCUGAGAAGGUAGAGAGUGGUAAAGCAGUUGGGGGAAAAAGCUCAGAAGAUGAAUUGACUUGCAGUGUUUGCUUGGAGCAAGUUAAUGUAGGGGAACUAGUUCGUAGCUUGCCAUGCUUGCAUCAGUUUCAUGCAAAUUGUAUUGAUCCAUGGCUAAGACAGCAGGGAAGUUGCCCGGUUUGCAAGUUCAGAGUUGGAUCGGCAUGGCAUGAGAAUGAAGAAGAGUGAAUAUACAUUCAGACAUUAUUAUUUACAAUAUGUUAGGAAGGAGGUGUCGUUAGGAAAGAAGAAAACCUUAAAUCUUGAUUCUAGUAUUAAUAUUCAAAGGCUUACCCUUCAAUUCGAUGCUUUUGAAAACAACA